CAUUCCUUAUUCUUAUGCUAUCGUUUUGAUCAUAAUUCUCUCUCUCCUGGAAGCUGAUAGGAUUUUCAAGCAUUUUGCUAUACUGUUUGUGCUCUUACUAUAUCACUUCUAAAAGAUCGACUCGACACCAUUUUCUGGAUUCUUGACAAUGGCAGAGCCUUCAAAAGUCAUUCACGUCCGUAACGUGGGUCAUGAAAUUGCUGAGAAUGACUUGCUCCAGCUAUUCCAGCCUUUUGGAGUCAUUACCAAGCUUGUGAUGCUUCGAGCCAAGAAUCAGGCCCUCCUUCAAAUGCAAGAUAUCACUUCAGCAGUAAAUGCCUUACAAUUUUACUCUAAUGUUCAGCCGAGCAUAAGGGGAAGAAAUGUUUAUGUUCAAUUUUCAUCACACCAAGAACUUACAGUUAUAGAUCAGAAUUCCCAAGCAAGAGGAGAUGAGCCUAACCGAGUCCUCUUAGUUACGGUGCAUCACAUGCUAUAUCCUAUAACUGUGGAAGUGCUGCAUCAAGUUUUUUCUCCUCAUGGAUUCGUAGAGAAGAUUGUCACGUUUCAGAAGUCGGCUGGUUUUCAAGCUCUAAUUCAGUAUCAACUACAGCAGAGUGCUAUUUUAGCAAGAAACUCUCUUCAGGGACGGAAUAUAUAUGAUGGUUGCUGCCAGCUGGACAUUCAGUUCUCAAACCUUGAUGAAUUGCAAGUGAAUUAUAACAAUGAGCGCUCUAGGGAUUUCACAAACCCUUCCUUGCCUUCAGAACAAAAGGGCAAGUCCUCUCAACCUGGGUAUGGAGAUGCAGGCAUGUAUGCGCAUCCAGUUGGAUAUCCUCAGAUGGGUAAUGCUGCUGCUAUUGCUGCUGCCUUUGGAGGAGUUUUGCCACCUGGUUUAAGUGGUACCAAUGAUCGGUGCACGGUUCUUGUAUCCAACCUGAAUCCUGAUAGAAUAGAUGAGGAUAAGCUUUUCAAUUUGUUCUCAAUUUAUGGAAACAUUAUUAGAAUCAAACUGCUCCGAAACAAACCAGAUCAUGCGUUGGUCCAAAUGGGUGAUGGUUUUCAGGCUGAAUUGGUCGUUCACUUUUUGAAGGGUGCCAUGUUGUUUGGGAAACGGUUGGAGGUUAAUUUCUCAAAGCAUGUAAACAUAACAACUGGAUCUGAUACCCACGAUUACUCCAACUCAAAUCUGAACCGUUUCAACCGAAAUGCUGCCAAGAACUACCGAUAUUGCUGUUCACCAACUAAAAUGAUCCACAUAUCCACUCUUCCCCAGGAUGUGACCGAAGAAGAAAUAGCAAGUCACCUUGAAGAGCAUGGAACAAUUGUCGGUACAAAACUGUUUGAGAUGAAUGGAAAAAAGCAGUCUCUGGUACUUUAUGAAAAUGAGGAGCAGGCUACAGAAGCCCUUGUGUGCAAGCAUGCUACAUCUCUUGGUGGUUCAACUAUUCGCAUUUCCUUCUCACAAUUGCAAACCAUAUGAGAGAGGGGACUUUCUUGCAAAUACAGCAACCUUUUGUAGCUGUAGACCAGUAUGUUUUCAUUUCACAAACUUGUAUAUUGGCAAUAUCCUCACUCUGUUUUACUUGCACAAUGCCAUCAUUGGGGGUAAUGCAUUGGUUAUACAUUGUUCUUUGUUAUAUUGAACAAUCUCCAUGAACGAAUAUGAUGAUGUUACUUUUGUUUUUUAACCUGUAACCCGUUGAAAGGAGUAA